ACUAAAUCAGUUUUUUAAAAAUGUUUCAUGUCGAAAUGCAUAUUAAAUUAAAUAUAAUCAGCACAUUGGUUUUGCUGAUUAAGUGAAAAGUGUGAAUAUUUGAACAUCCUUAUCAGCAAAGAGCCAUCAUCUCUUUCAUUUCAUUAGGCUUACAUUAUUAAGUUUACUGAAUGAAUUCUUUUUCCCACAGCCUAAGAGAGGAAGUAGCAAAGUUCCUGUCAGAACACUGUCACGCACCGAGGACUCUGAGAGCCGACAAUGUGGUUGUGACAAAUGGCUGUGGCUCUCUUUUUUCUGCGAUAGCAGCUGUGCUUUGCGAUCCUGAUGAUGCAAUCCUCAUCCCAACUCCUUUUUACGGUGUGAUCACCGAAGACGUUGAUUUGUACAGCAGUGUGAAGCUUUACUGUGUUCCUCUUGACAGUGAGCCCAGCCAAAAUGAUGACAGGCCGUUUCACCUCACUGCUGAAAAACUGGAGCAUGCUCUCCAGAAAGCAAAGAAAGAGGAAGUGAAUGUAAAAGCUGUCAUCCUGGUGAACCCCCACAAUCCUCUGGCAGAGAUCUACACCUCUGAAGAGAUGAUCAGCUUUCUAGACUGUGCCAAGAGGCAUGAGCUGCAUGUUAUUGUGGAUGAGAUCUACAUGCUGUCUGUGUUUGAUGGCCCCUUUAACAGCGUCCUCAGUCUACAGAGGUUGCCAGACCCACAGAGGACUCAUGUGAUGUGGGGUAUUAGCAAGGACUUUGCCAUGGCUGGCAUGCGUUUGGGUACAUUAUACUCUGAGAACAGUGAUUUAAUUGAAGCCCUUAUUCAGCUGGGAUGUUUUCAUGGAGUUGCAGGACCUACACAGCACCAGGUGUCUCAGCUGCUAAAGGAUCGAGAUUGGAUGAAUAAGGUGUUUCUCCCUGAGAACAGACGCAGGCUGCAGGAGGCUCACCAGUACAUGUCCACUCAGCUAACAAAGCUCAGCAUUCCCUACCUCCACAGGGGUGCAGGCUUCUUUAUCUGGGCUGACUUCAGCAAGUAUCUAAAGGAGCGAACAUUUGCAGAGGAGCUGCGUGUAUGGAGGUGUUUUCUGAAACACCGGGUGUUGCUGAGCUGUGGUCAGGCCUUUAGCUGUUCUUCACCAGGAUGGUUCCGUAUUGUCUUUUCUGAUCAGCGCCACCGCAUCCAACUUGGCCUAGAAAGAAUCAAAGAGACUAUAGAGGAUCUUCAAAGCUUCAGCUGCAUGACUGACUAUGAGAACACAAAAGCAGUCAAACAAAAUGAUGACAGACACACACAGACAAAUCGCAAGACGGAGGACAAAAACAACAAAGACAGUUGCAAAAAUACAACAGUCAAGGUCUUCAAUACAACCAAAGUGCAUGUAGAAAGCAAUGGUGCUGUGACUGAAAGCUUGUUAUUGGCUGAUGAGGAUGUUCAGGUUAACUGCUACCAAACAGUUGCUAACUCAGAGAGUUUGGACUCCUUAAUAGGAGCACUGCGACAGCAGAUCCACUCCUCCGAUUGGCUCGAGAAGAACAGGCCGAAACUGGCUGAUGGAGAAGACCCAACACAAACCGAGGUGUUUAAAGAUCUCUUGGACAGAGCCAGGAUGUGACAAGCCUGUCAUUCCCAAUCUAAAAGCAUGUUUUUUGACUUUUCUAUUUACGUAAGAGUUUACAGAUGAGGCUUGUAUAUGGGUUUGCAAGCCAUCUCUAUUACAAAGUUAUUCUGUUCUUCUGUUCUUCACGCAUUUGCCGCUGAAAUGCCUUGUUUAAAAGCACAGGUCUUUGGAUCUUCCAAAUGUCAGUGUGAUGAUUUGAAAGAUGAUUUGCAGGCUGUAAAGUAAAGCUCCAACCUUUAACUCACAUGGUGCUGUUGAGCCAUGUGAGCAGAGUGUACAGAUGAGGACAUGAGAGGGCUGGAAAGACUAAAGGACUUAAAUGCUGCUGUAUCAUUCUCUUUAGGUAGAGAUUAAGCAAGAGCUAAAUCCUGCUGCUAUCACUAUUAGCCUGAACAGCAUUGUGGGUAACAUAAAAUAGACCACCAUGUCAGUGAAAGACGUUUAAUCUGAAAAGUCAUAAUUUUAUUCCAAAAAUAUCUUGGACAUUGAUGAUUACAUAUUAAAUAUACUGUUCAGGUUGAAUUUUUUUAUCUGUCAUUUUUGCUCUUUAGUAAGAUCUUUCUCUGCAGCUUAUUUUUGUUAAUAUAAUGAUGGUCAAUAUGAAUUAUUCACUAAAUAACAUGUUUGAAUAAAGAAAAAUGUUUUCUGUCUUGUUUGUUUUUA